AUGGAUUAAAAAUUGCCAAACCAAUAAAUGGAAUCAAAAUUGAAAGUAGAUAAUUGCAAAAAUGAUUUUGAAAUCUAAGUAGAUAGCUAUUUAUUUUUCAAAUCCUUCAAUCAAAAUGAUAUCAAUUCACUUUAAAAAUUUAGAAACCCUCUAAGUCACCUAUGUAAAACUAUCUUUUAUUUUAGCUUUAACAAUCGAUCUCGAAAUUCCAUACUAGAAAGGUUUUAAGUAAGAUUUAAAUUUUGAAGUUUAGACUUAGAAUGUGGAAUCUAUCAAGUAACUAUUAAAAUAAUAUCAUAGAGUUCAAAAAACGGAAUAAAAGGAUUUUGAUAAUGAAUAAAAAGAAGAGACCUAAGUGAUAACAGGUUGGUUAUGGGAUAGUGUAGAAUGUAGAUUUAUCCCAUCCAUUUACUAAAUCAAAUUAACUCUAGAUAACAAAAUUGUUUACACAAAAGAUGGUGAAACCUUAAGAAUGUAACACUUUAUUAUCUUUUAAUUUUAAUAGUGACGAAAUAAAAGACGCUUCAGUUAAACCAGAAGUCUUGGCAAACUUAGAAUAAAUUUGCCAUCUUAAAUGGUAUGGCAAAUACAGUUAGAAGGGGUAAAAGAUUGGAAGAUGGUCAAUAAAGUGGAAGGGAGAAGAUUUGAAAGAAGUAAAUGGCUAUUAUACUGAAAAUGGAAAAAAAUAAGGCAAAUGGAAAGAUCUUAUUAAUAAUUUUUGGACCCAGGGUAUUCUUUAUUAAUUAAGAGUGAAGCCGAAGCUUAUGAAAUAGGCGAAUAUGUGAAUGGUAAAAGGAAAGGAUAUUGGAAAGAAAUUUAUAAUGAUAAAGAGAUGUAGAAUAUAUUAAUUAUUAAUAAUUUAUAGUGGUGGAGGUGUUUAUGAUGAAUAAGGUGAGAAAAAUGGAAAAUGGAUUGAGUUAAGUGAAGAUUUUUGGGAUUAGUCGUAAGUAACUUUUUAAGGUGAAUUUAAAAAUGGGAAAAAAGUAGGGAGAUGGUAAAUUUGGUAUGAAAAUAUUGAUAUUUGGGGAAAUAAAAAUGAAAAUAUAGUGAUGUAAAUAAUUUAAAAUAAUGAAUCCAAUUAAUUAUGUGUGUCAAAUUUUUAGUGGUGGUGGAUCAUAUGAUAACAAAUGCGAGGGCCUUAAGAUUGGGUUAUGGAUUGAUUUAGCUAAGAGAUUUUAUUUUCACAAAUAAGUAACUUAUAAAGGUUAAUAUAAAAAUGGUAAAAAUGUUGGUAGAUGGGAUAUUUGGUUUAGGUUGUAUGAUGAGAAAGAGUUUAAAUAAAUGUAAAAUUAUAAUAUUAAGUUUGUGAUUGAUUAUUCAAAAAUAUAUAAGUGGGGGAGGAUAAUAUGAUGAUAAUGGUGAUGGAAUUAAGAUUGGAAAGUGGGUUGAAUUGGAUGAUGAAUUUUUUAGUUUGAAAUAAGUAACUUAUAAUGGUGUCUAUGAUAAUGGUAACAAAGUUGGUAGAUGGAAUGUUGAAUAUAGAUAAUGUGGGAGUGAAUUAUUCUCAUAAAUGUAAAAUUUUAAUUAAUUAUGCAUCAUUUUUUAGUGGUGGUGGAUAAUAUAACAGCCAAGGUUAUGGUAUUAAGACUGGGGAAUGGAUUGAAUUAGACAAAGAAUUUUAUGAAUAAAAAUAAAUAAUUUAUAUUGGGAAAUACAAAAAUGGUAAGAAGGUUGGUAGAUGGGAUGUUGAAUAUAGGUAAUGUGGUAGUGAUUUAUUCUCAUAAAUGUAAAAUUAAUGUAAUAGUAAAUUUUUUUAGCGGAGGUGGAUAAUAUGAUGAAGAUGGUGAUGGAAUUAAAAUUGGAAAGUGGAUUGAAUUAGAUAAUGGAUUUUAUUAUAAUAAAUAAGUAACUUAUAAUGGUGUAUAUAAUAAUGGUAAGAAAGUGGGUAGGUGGGAUAUUGAAUAUAGGUAAUGUGGUAGUGAUUUAUUCUCAUAAAUGUAAAAUUAAUGUAAUAGUCAUUUAUUUUAGCGGAGGUGGAUAAUAUGAUGAUCAAGGUAAUAUUAUGAAGACAGGGAAAUGGAUUGAAUUAGAUAAAGAAUUUUAUGAAUAAAAAUAAAUAAUUUAUAUUGGGGAAUACAAAAAUAGUAAAAAAGUUGGCAGAUGGGAUAUUCAAUUUAGAUAAUUUUGCAGUGAUUAAUUUUCAAUAAUGUAUAAUUAUUUAAAAAUAGUACUUAAUUAUUUUUUUGUGCAAAUGUAUUAGUGGAGGUGGAUCAUAUGAU